UCAGCUUGGGAUUCGAACUGGCAACCUUAUGGUUACUAGUCCAACGCUCUAACCACAAAGCAUACCCACCAAUGCAAAAGUUUCGAAGUUGAACAGUUGAUACCAGAAAAAAUACUGUGGGUAAUACAAGUUAAACUGUAAAAAUGCCCGACCAAUCUUUACAACAACCUGAUUUGAAGUUCGUGUUGUUUCUCAACGUUUUCGCUAAUUGCGAUCUUGAAUGACCCGCGUUUGUAUCGUAUUCUACCUUUCAAAGUCCAAGCUGUUCGGCUCAGACUUAGAAGUGAUCAUUCAGCUCUUGACUUGAUUAGGGAGAGGGAUGGCAGGAGCAACUUUCAUGCGAUUUGCUGCCCGGACUGUGCUAUCGGCACCUGCUUGUAAAGCCGUCAAGAUCAGAGGAUAUCAUCGACAAUACUUGACUAUUUUCAGGAGCAAUACCUCAACUAUUAACGGUGGAAGAACUGCAUUCUUGCUCACCUUACCAGUACUAUCUUAUCUAGGCGUGGAAGCCUACAGGACGGUGCAGAGUGCAACUGUGGUCCAUGCUCUGGAAAAAGCUGAAGAGGCUGUGGAACAAGCAGACUACCUGUACAGCUGUGGGGAGACAGAGAAACUCUACCAGCUUCUGCUACAGUAUAAGGACAGUGAUGAUGCGGAGUUCCUGUGGAGGCUGGCGCGGGCAUCUCGUGACCUCUCCCUCCUCGCUCACAUUGCUGCUGACGAGAAGAAGAGGCUGACCUUUGAGGCGUUUGAAUUCGCCAAGAAGGCCCUGGAGAAAAAUGAGGCCUGCUUCGCAGCACACAAAUGGUAUGCAGUGUGCCUCAGUGACAUAGGCGAUUACGAGGGGGUCAAAGUAAAAAUAGGAAAUUCUUACAUCAUUAAAGAACAUUUACAGAGGGCUAUCGAGCUAAAUCCUAAAGAUGCCACAUCUAUCCAUAUCUUGGGUUAUUGGUGUUUUGCCUUCGCUGAGUUGGCGUGGUAUCAACGUAAAGUGGCAGCCAUGAUCUUCGCCUCUCCUCCCACUGCUACAUACGAAGAGGCUUUGGCGUUCUUCCUGAAAGCUGAAGAAGUGGACCCAAACUUCUACAGUAAGAAUCUACUUAUGCUGGGGAAGUCCUACAUGUCAUUGAAGGACCAGGGGAAUGCUGUGCUCUGGCUGAGAAAGGCACGGGACUACCCCCCUCACACAGAGGAAGACAAGGAGGUCCAUAAAGAAGCCCUUGACCUUCUGAAGAAGCUCAGUGCAUAAGAUGACCUAGUCACAUGGAGGCAAGAGUGCACUGUGUUGAUAAUAGGUGUAUUCUAUGUCUAUCUACUAUAUGUAUAUUUUUGUUCCUAACGCAAGAGUGUACAUAGGCUAUACUGUACGGCCUUAACAGGAAAUUAUACAUGCUUUUCCACUAACCUGUGUAUAGUGAUUUACAGAUGCUGUGAUUUAACUUUAAUUAAACGUUAUUUUAAUUUAA